AUGGCAAAUCGACCUGACCUCAAUCAGUCCUACGAGGCAGAGUUUAAGCCUGCGUGCGUCCUUUUGACCAAGGAAAACAUCCUGUUCUUCUACCCGGCUAGUGGUGGAGCCUUCACUGUAGGUGAUGAGCCUUACAAAUGGGUGCCUGAGGGAGUGCCACCAAGUGCAGCACCACAUACAGCACAGGUUAGUCAUACUGCGGCCAGCAAUUCUCGACCUUCGCGGAUGAAGCAAGAAGAAGUUGCCCCAAAGAAUGUUUUCCAGCAACACGGAGGCGAGGAGACUAACGCCCUGAGCGGACGUGACGUGGCCAGACUCGAUACACUCGCCUCUCCGAAUGAUGCAUUUGGUCUUGGGAUGGAGAAAAAUGUAUCUGUAGUUUCCACGAAGGUGGACUCCUCGUACUCCGAUCUCUGUAAGGAAAAUGCUUGGCCCUGCAGAAAGAAACGUCUACCCUUCAUCAGCCCCGGCCUAUGGCACGCCUCUCCUCUCACACAAUUCUGGGUAUAUAAACUCUUACGCAAACCCUCACUCGGUGAAGUUCAACCAAACAGCGAUUCCGCCCCGCGAAACACACCCAACAAGCCAAUUUCUUAA